AGACAGAGCCGCGCCUUCGGAUGGAGCGCGCCUCCGCUGGUCGCGCGACUUUUGGGCCCGGCGGCUGCCGUAGGUCAAAGGUCGGCGAAGCCGGCAUGGAGGAAGCGGGACGGCGGAGUGAGGGCCGGAGACGGUCGAAGGGCGCGACAGCCACACGGAGCGGCGAGGAGGCGCGGAAAAGAAAAGCUGCAAUAGAGGCAGCUCUGAAGAAGAAGCAUGAAUGUGAAGCUAAAGCUCUUCAUAUCGCUGAACGUUUACUUGAAAUAAAUGUUCCAGAAGAAUUUCUGCUAGAUUGUAUAAAGUUUAUUACUGCUGCCCAUUAUCGGGAUCUUGUGGAAGAACGUUCUAUUAUCAAACGGUGUGGUUAUCCUAUUUGUCAAAAUGCCCUUGGAAAUGUACCUAAGCAGCAAUACAAAAUAUCUAGCAAAACAAAUCGAGUUUAUGAUAUUACAGAAAGAAAGCAUUUUUGCAGCAAUUUUUGUUACAAGGCUUCCAAGUAUUUGGAAGCUCAGAUUCCAAAUGAUCCGCUGUGGUCACGUGAACCAGAAAGAGUUCCGGCAUGUCGAUUAUUAAAGGAGCAAAGAGGGAGUGCUGGGGAAGAAGUGAAGUUUCAAAAUUUAAAUAUCCGAAUUUCAGAUAUUGAUAACCCUCCCUUUAUGGAUGAUCAACAUGUCUCUAGCUCCUCUUCAAGUGAAAGUGAUAGCAGUGACUCUGAUCAAGAAUUUGUUUCAACUAUCCUCAUGGGAGAAAAGUUAAAAUCUACAGGGCACAAACAGUUCAAAAGAAAGCAGCAAGGCACGAGUACAAACUCAGUACCAGCACCAAAAUUUACAGAGCUGGAUCAGGAGGUAGAAAAUAUUGCAGAGCAGCUGAAGGAAUAUCACUUUGAGACGUACAGUUCCAGAUCAUCACAGGAUGUUGGAAUCGACCAGUUGACUUUUACACAAAAGGAAGAAGCUCCUCGGGCAGCAGGCCAAGAUGUCCCUCAAACAGCUCCCUUAAGUGGAUUAAAGGAUAAAGACAAACUUGCAACAAGUAACUUUACAACACAAGGUUUAAGCAAGAAGGGUGCUGCAUCACUGAGAAACCUAAUAUCAAAAUCAAAACAAUGUAACCUUGUUAGUUCGCGUAGAUCUGCUUCAGGUGCUGAAGCUAACGUACUAGAAUUACUAAGACAAACAUUAAGUGAAUGGAAUACGGAAGAAACAUUAAGAUUUCUUUAUGGUUCAAACUUAAAACAUGGAAGAACACAGUGCAGUUUGCCAUGUCAAUCAUCUGAUGCUACCGCACAAGAACAACUUGAUGAAGAUGACUUGGAUAGCCUGGAAGUAGUUGAAAUCAUGGAUCCUAAUGAAAAUAUUAGCACGAGUGUCCAGGUGAAAGGGGUGGAGACCACUGUUAGACCAUUACCAAAUUUUGAACAACUGAAGCAGGAAUCCGAAUUUCUUCACCUGAAAGUCAGAGAGUUUUAUAAAGGGCAGUAUGUUUUGCCUGACAAUACUGAAGACAAAAGUGAAGAACAUUAUCAAUCCACAUCUGCUGAAAGUAGAGAGGAAGAUCCAGUUCUUCCAUUGGUGGAUUCUGAAGCACGGAACCAGAUCCGCAAACGCAUUGUUCUAGAUGCACUUAAAAAAGUCUUACCCAAGUUAUUGGCACCUUUUCCACUUUCGAUGUCUGAUAUAUUUUCCGAACUAAAUAGCCUGGUAAAAACCUUCAGACUGACCAACAAAAAUAUUAUUCACAGAACUCCGGAGUGGACCUUGAUUGCGGUUGUGCUGCUUUCAGUGCUGGCUGUGAAGAUUUCACAACUUCAGGAGUCCCUGCAGAGGCUCUCCUCAGAACUCUUUGUAUCUGCUAUUCUGAAAGAAUUUCAUAUCCAGAUUGAAGAACUCGAGAACUUGAAGAACAUUUUCAAAUGCCAUGAUAAUGAUUAAAGAUGAUAAGGUCUAGAACCAGUAUUUGAAAACAAAAAUAAUAAUUUGAAGUUGCAUAUUAUGUACAUGAAAAAUCACUGCUUUGGUCACUUUAGUCAUUGAAUUAUACGUAAAUUUGCAAUGAUGAGUAGUUUCUAAAACAGUUCUUAAUUUUAAACUUUGCAAACCAGAGGGGGAAAUUUCUGUUGUAGCCACCAACAUCUGUUUCCCUGUAUUUCUGCUUAUCUACAAGCAUUUACUUGCUUGUUUCUUUCAUCACUUUAUUCUUCCUCAUUUGAUACUGAUGUCAAGCUGAAUAGAUUAGAAAUUGCUUCUGUCAACGAUCCACAUGUAUGGUUCCUCCAAAUUGUUUCUGACAUCAGGGACACCAGAAUAAAUGUAAACUUGACUCUCUUCCUAUGCAGUUUAAUCUACACUGCAAACUUCACAAAGUCAACAUCUGUCUCGCCAAGUUCUAAACAACUACCAGUACCUGCAUUGGUUUUGAAAACCAUUUGCACAAGAGUAUUAAAAUGUAACAUAAAAAGAGCUUAGUGGUCAUAAGAUCCUAGAUUUUACCCUGACUUUCUGCUAUUCAAUAAGAUCAGAGCUUGUUCAAACUUUGGCCUCAACUCUGUUUUCUGUCUGAUCCCUGUUAAGCUUGAUUCCCUUUAAAUUCUAUACCCAAUGUAUUCAACCUUACAUAUUCCCACUGACUCAGCAUCCAAAGCCAUCCGAGAGGGAGAAGAAAUUCCUUAUCAUCUCUGUCCUCAUUGGUAAGCUUUAUCUUGAAACUGUGCUCCCUUUGUUCUACACCAGGGGUUCCCAACCUGGGGUCUACGGACCCCUUGCUUAAUUGUAUUGGUCCAUGGCAUAAAAAAUGUUGGGAACCCCUGUUCUAGACUGUCUCAUCAAGAGAAACAUUCACAGCAUAUGUCUAGCAAUCUUCCAUUUUUCUCAACUCCAUCUGUUUGUAGGGUUGGUAAAUUAUUGUUGUCACAUGUCCCAAGAUACAGUGAAGAACUUUGUUUUGCAUGCCAUCCAUACAGAUCAUUUCGUCACAUCAAUGCAUUGAAGUAGUACAAGAGAAAGCAAUAAAAGAAUGCUGAAUAAAGUGUUACAGGUACAAAGAAAGAGCAAUGCAGGCAGAUGGAAUGCUGCAAGACCGUAACGAGGAUCAAGGAUCAACUUUAUUCACCAUAUACAUUUGCGUGCAUUAGGAAUUUGUUGUGGUAUGUUGGCAUAAUGUGUAAAAAAAAACAACAUUCAACAUUUAUAAGAAUAAUAUGUAUAAAUAUAAACUUAAAGGCAGUUUGUGUGUCUAGGGUCCAUCUUAUCGCACUGGGAAACUAUUCAGUAGUUUUCUAACAGCAGGAUAAAGGCUGUCCCUGAGCCUGGUGGAACUUGCUUUCAGACUUUUUGAACUUUCUGCCCGAUGGGGGUAUGUGGGGCCAAGAAAGAAUGUGUGGGAUGGGUGCGGCAUGGGAGAUGUUGGCUGCUUUACUGAGGCAGCAAGGGGUGAACACAGAAUCCGUGAGGGAGGCUGGUUUCCGUGAUGUGCUAAGCUCUGUCUCUGCAGGGUCUUGCAGUCUCAGGCAGAGCAAGCUGUACUGCAUCCUGAUAGGAUGCUUUCGCUGGUGCAUCUAUAAAAAUUGGUAAGGGUGAAAGGGGACAUGGCAAAUUUAUUUAACUUCCUCAGGAAGUAGAGGUACUGGUGCUCACUCUUGGCCAUGGCUUUGAACGGUUAGACCAGGAUAGAAUGUUGGUGAAGUUCACUACUAGGAACCUGAAGCUCUCAUGCCUCUUGACUUCAGCACUGUUGGUGUAAACAGGAGUGUGAACACCACCGCCUGCAGUCAAUGACCAACUCUUUUAUUUUGCUGACAUUGAGGUAAAGAUUAUUGUCAUGACACCAUGCCACCAGGCUCUCCAUCUCCUUUCUGUAGUCUGAUUCAUCGUUACUUGAGAUACGGCCCACCACAGGGAUGUCAUCUGCAAACAUAUAGGUGGAGUUAGAGCAGAAACUGAGCAUGCAGCCAUGACUGAUGCAGUAGGGGGCUGAGGAUUCUGCCUUGGGGCCCUGUACUGAGGAUAGUCAUGGUGGAGAUGUUGCUGCCCAUCAUUACUGAUUGCAGUCUCUUGAUCAGAAAGUCAAAGAUCCAUUUGCAAAGGGAAACCCGUCAUCAACAAGAUGUCCAUUGCAGGUAUUUUCUCCUUUAAACGAGUAACAAAACUGUACCUGGUAUUCCACGUCUCAUAAAAGCUCUGUAUGGUUGCCUCAUUCCUCCUUCGCCUCCAAGAUCAGGGGGCACAGUGGUGCAACCAGUAGAACUGCUUCCUCACAACUAAAUUGAAAUGGAUUCAAUCCUGGCCUCUGGUGCUGGCUGUGCAGAGAUUGUACAUUUUACCCUGUCCCAUCAGUGAUACCAAGAUAAUUACUCCUUACAAUAACUCCUUUCCCGUGCAGUUGGAUCUACACUGCACACAUAGCAAGGCAGAUUUUGUAUUUCACCUUCUAUACCAAAUUUCUUAUAUUACCUUCCAAGUUUUCUCUGUGUGUGCCUUGUUUUCCUUCCUCAUCAUGAUGAACUAUAUAGUUAGAGCGACUGUCCACUGUCAUUUUCCCCUUGUGUGUGACGAUGAUUAGCAAGGUCUGAGAGGAGUUGGUGGGAAUGUGGUAAGCACGUAAUGAAAAGGGUGUUUGAAGGUUAACAUGGGCUCAGUGAGCUGAACAACCAUGUUCUCUGCCGUAUGGCUCUGUAACUUACAUAAAUAAUGGGGUUUUUUUUGGCAACACUUUCUUUGCUGACUGUUAAGGAGAUGUGCCUAAGGGCAAUUCUGUCUAUUGUCUUUCUCUGGCUUAUGGGAGGUCAGGGAAAGCUGGUAGACAGAAUUGCUCUUUGGCUCAAGAGCCAAAACAAAAGAGCUUGGUUUGUUGUUGGUUAGCUUAGUUUGCAUCUGACAGAUCUCCAUUAGCAUUUCUGCCUUAAAUAGAUUAAAAUUUUGCAUCAGGAGAAAAAUUACAAAUCUAAGACCAUAGCCUCUAGGUUAGAACACAGUUUCCCUUCUACAUUCAUGGGUAAAAGUCUUAAGGCCUUGUUUAAUCACAAGGAGUGGUAGCAGUUUAAUUUCAGAUGAUAUAAGAAAUACAGUAGUUUCUCAGAACUAUCUUUACACUUUUGAAGCUGCUUCCCCACUAGUGCUAUGGUUCACUCAUAUCUCCGUGUUUCAUCUGAGGGGAAGUUUUGUAUAAUCUUGAUAAUCUUGCUGAUAAUUUAUCUGCUGCGUGCUAAUGAUGUCAGUUAUUACAGAAGUUCAUUUAGUCCAUCAGGCUCAUGUCAGUGCCCAGUUGAGUAAUCUCAUCAGUCACGUCGUCCCUGUGCAGGAGAGUUUUUUAAGCUGAAAAGCUGUUGCACUCUCUUGACCUCGGAAGUCCAGUUCCGGUGGUACAAACAAAUGUCACAAACUGGGGUCUUCGUUGGUUGCUGUGGAUGACCAUGAUGUCCUCUGUACCUUGCCAUGCCUUCCACUCUCCAUGGAGUGUUGCAGUACUGCCUUCCCAGCUGCUGGCUUUCACUGUAGCUCUCAUCUGCCAAGUCCACCGGAACUGGCUUUGCAUGCUAGGAUAGGCAUGCACCUAACUCGCCGGGGUACGAGGCUGCCGGCUACCCUCACCUGGUGUCAUCUGCCUGUCGAAGCAGUCUACCGGGGUGUGGCUGCUGUGGCAUGUACACAGUUACUUGGGGCCACAGGUGAGAGCUGAGUCCGGUGGGGACCAAAAUGAGGGAGCAGCCCUGGAACGGGCACAACAAGCCCCAUUCACCAGAGGUGCUACCCGUCCCUGGGCAGGCAGAAGGUUAAUUUACAAUAUAUUACACAUUCUACUAUAAUUUUAAUUACUGGUUCAUCUUUGGGAUGUUGGAAGAAACUGGGAGAAGCCCACAUGGUCACAGGGAGAAAGAGCAAACACCAUACACAUGCAGCCAGGUCCAUGAAACCGCUGUGCCAUAUGCUUAUCUUUAGUCCCUCUGUACGCUUUGAGUUAGGAUCUUAUAUUUGCAGUAUCUGGAUGAGAAAUAAAUUAACUUUCAGUACUUUGGAAAUCUUGCUCAGGCAAACUGCAUUCCCUUUCAAACAUUUUGCACAUAAAUAAUACAAUUUGAAUUGGUUUAUUAUUGCAGCAUGUACUGGUUUACAGUGAAAAGUUUGUCUUGCAUACUGUUCAUACAGAUCGAUUCACAACACUGCAUUGAGGUAGGUAAAACAAUAGCGAAAUGCAGAAUAAAGUGUAACAGCCACAGAGAAAGUGCAGUGUAGGUGUAAUUAUUUCAGUAGGUCAAACUUGAAGGCAAAAUAUUAAUGAUAAGACAGUGUGGAGGAUGAGAGAUCAUAGGACACAGGUUGACAGUGUUAAGGCUUAUGGUGUGUUGGCAUUCAUCAACCAAGGGAUUGAGUCAAUAGCUGCGAAGUAAUGUUACAGCUAUACAAGACUUUGGUCAGACACCAUUUGAAGUACUGUGUUCAGUUCUGGUCAACUCACCACAGGAAAGAUGUAGAGACGAUAGAGAGUGCAGAGGAGAUUUACAAGGAUGUUACCUGGAUUGGAGGGUGUACCUUAUGAGAAUAGGUUGAGUGAACUUGGCCUUUUCUCCUUGGAGCAACAGAGGAUGAGAGGUUUCCUGAUAGAGGUAUAUAAGUUGAAGACAGGCAUUGAUCAUGUGGCUACCCAGAGGCUUUUUCCCAGGGCUGAAAUGGCUAAUACAAGGUGGCAUAGUUUUAAGGUGCAUGGAAAUAGGUACUGAGGGGAUGUCAAGGGUACAUUUUUCACACAGAAAGUGGUGGGUGCAUGGAAUGCACUGCCGGUGGUGGUGGUGGAAGUGGAUACAAUAGGGUCUUUUAAGAUCCUCUUAGGUACAUGGAGCUUAGAAAAUAGAGGGCUAUGCACUAGGGAAAUUCCAGGCAGUUUCUAGAGUAGGUUACAUGGUCAGUACAACAUUCUGGGCUGAAAGGCCUGUAAUGUGCUGUAGAUUUCUAUGUUCUAUGUUGUUAAGAUCAUAUCAUGGUUUUUUGUGAGAUAAGGAGUCCAACUUAUCUUACUCGGGAACCAUUCAGCAGUUUUAUAACAGAGUAGAAGCUGUCCAUGAGCCUAGUGGGUCAUGCUUUCAACAUUUUUGUAUUUUUGCCAGUGGAAGAGUGGGGAAGAGUAAAUGUCUGGAGAGGGUGGGAUCUUUGAUAAUGCUGGUUGCUUUACUGAUUUGGGGAGAAGUGCAGACAGAAUCCAUAGAAAGGAGGGUAGUGUCUAUGAUGUGCUGAGCUGUGUCCAUAAUUCUGUGCAUUUUCUUGUAGUUCAGACAGAGCAGUUGUUAGACCAAGGCAGGAUGCAUCCAAAUAUUAUGUUUUAUAUGGUUUACUGAUAAAAAAAUAAUAACAUAGAACAGUACAACACAGGAACAGGCCCUUCAGCCAACAAUAUUGUGCCAAACUAAUUAAAUUAGUACUCAAAUAUCCAACUAAAGUAAUCCCUUCUACCUGCUCAAUGUCCAUAUCCUCCCAUUUCCUGCAUAUACAUGUGCCCAUUUAUGAAUCUCUUGAACAUCUCUAUCUUAUUUACCUCCACAUCAUCCCAGGCACCCUCCAUCUUCAAUUAAAAACAAAACAUGCCCUGCACAUCUCUUGAUGAACAUAACCCUUCCCCAUGAACUUAUAUUUCAACCCUGAGUAAAAGGUAAUGAGAUAAUGGCUUUUUCUGUGCCUGUAAUGAUCUUAUAAUUUUCUCUCAGAUCGCUCAGCCUCCGUCUCUCCAGAGAAAACUACUCAAGUGUGUCUAACCUCCCCUCAUAGCACAUGCCUUCUCAACCAGGCAGCACCCUGCCAAAGCUCUGCUGCAUCCUCUCUAAAGCCUUCACUUCCUAUAAUGGGGCAACCAGAACUGAAGGUAAUACUCCAAGUGCAGCCUAGCUAGAGUUUUAUAAAACUGCAACAUAACUUCUUGACACUUGAACUCAAUC